AUGAAAAGAAUCAGGAGUUUCCUCAGACAUGCUAGCUUUUACAAAAGAUUCAUCAAGGACUUCUCCAAAAUCGCAAGACCUCUCACUCGACUGCUCUGCAAGGAGACAAAAUUCAAGUUUGAUAGCGAUUGCUUGGCAGCUUUCCACACGAUCAAAGGAUCUCUAGUCAGGGCACCCAUCGUGCAACCACCAGACUGGGAGCUCCCUUUCGAGAUCAAGACGGACGCAAGCGAUUUUGACAUUGGAGCUGUCCUACCUAGUUGGUUCCAAGGUGAUAGUGCCCACGGAUUAUGCAGCAUUGAGGUAUUUACUAACGAAGAAGGAUGCGAAACUAAGGCUACUCCGAUGGAUCUUAUUGCUCCAAAAUAUCCCAAUCUUCCAUUGUUUGCUGAGAUCGCCAACUAUUUGGCUGCUGAGAAAGAACCUGUCAAAUUCUCUGGCAAUGAGAAACGAAAAUUUCUAAGAGGAGCAAGACACUACUAUUGGGAUGAGCCAUAUCUGUACCGAAGGCACUUUGCGACAUUUAAAACCGUGUCUAAGAUCCUUCAAGCCGGUUUGUGGUGGCCAACAAUGUUCCAAGAUGCCCAUUCCUACAUCUCAAGAUGCGACUCAUGCCAGCGCCAAGGGAAUAUCAGUAAACGGAAUGACAUUCCUCAGAACUUCAUCUUUGAGGUUGAAGUAUUCGAUUAUUGGGGAAUUGAUUUCAUGGGACCAUUCCCACCAUCUUUCAAGAACGAGUACAUAUUGGUAGCAGUUGACUACGUUUCUAAUUGGGUGGAACCAAUAGCCAGCCCCACAAAUGAUGCAAAGGUGGUGACUAAGAUGUUCAAAACCAUAAUCUUUCCAAGAUUUGGGGUGCCGCGAGUAGUCAUCAGUGAUGGGGGUAGUCACUUCAUCAACAAGAUCUUUGCAGGUCUAUUGAAGAAGAACGGUGUGCAACACAAGGUAGCAAUGCCAUAUCACCCUCAAACUAGUGGAAAACUAACGGCCUACAAAACACCAAUCGGAACCACUCCCUACAAUCUGGUGUACAGUAAGGCUUGUCACCUACCAGUUGAGUUGGAGUACAAGGCAGCAUGA